AUGAAGAUGAUAUUUUCAACUUCAUACAGUUAUAUUCACAGCGAACCCAAACCAAACGGUUUACCUGCAAUUGUGAGAUUUAAAAACAACCAUAACCAUUUAGUUCUUAAAGUAACAGAACUACCCUUGUUGAAAUCCAUAACAGACAAUAAUGUAAAAAUAAAGUUCGAUAAUGGUUUCGAGUCAUCUAAGAUAUUUCAAGCCUAUAACAUUAGAAAUCGCUCAAAUAGAAGUCCAUCGGUUGUCCAUUCUUCGAAUUCGUCAGAGUCGAACGUAGGGGUUGUUGAAACCAAUAACCUUAGUACGAGUAACCAAAGCAUAGAACACGAUUUGUUAAGUAACUUUGAGAAUGUCAAAAUACAAUGCUGUGUCGUGGAGACGAAAAAUGACGAACACCUCGAACCGGGGCAACAGAUCAUCAACAAUGGUGAUCGCAACAACGGUGCGUGCUAUCAGUUGGUGGAUACCAGUUACAGUAAAGAAUAUUACCAGAAGGUGAGAGGUAUAAUUGCUGACCACGAAAAGACUAAGUGGCUCGGCAACAAAAUUAAGACCGAAGAGGAUCAGCUGAGCCUUUAUAAAUGCUCUGGGGAAAAAUGCAAUGCGGUGUACAGAAACAUGACAACAUUCGAGUACCACUUGAACGUCCACUGUCACAAUGCAAAAAGCCAGAAAGAAACAUGUGAUUUUAUGAUGUGCGUGUAUUGCUUUAAGUCGUUCGAUGUCAAUAAUGUAGACGCAUUAGCAUAUCACAUAUUCAACAACUAUAGUUUUUGCAAUUACUUCUGCCGGUACUGCUUGUACCGCGCGUACACGGCUUCUCACGUUCUGACCCACGAGAAAAUAUUCUCUUAA